CGGUACGGACUGUUGGACUGUGGAGCAGAAAAGGAUAAAAUCGUAAUUUUACCAAAAGAAUACACCAUAUAUUACCAGGCGCGGGAAGAGAAGAAAGAAAGGAAGAAAGAAGCACCGAAGAUGAACUACUACUGUGGUGCCCCAACAGUGGAGUUCUACUUCUAAAAGUUCGAAAAUAAAAUCCAUUAACUUAGAAGGAAAUUACUACUGGAACGUGUUGUUUACUUUGGAAAUGGCUCGAAACAAGGAAGCAUUGGUCUUGGUGCUUGAUGUUGGUCCAACCAUGCAUGCUAUUCUUCCACAAAUUGAAAAAGUUUGUUCUAUGCUAAUUGAGAAGAAGCUGAUUUACAGCAAAAGUGAUGAAGUAGGAGUUGUAUUAUUUGGAACUGAAGCUACUGAAAACGAGUUGACAAAGGAAGUUGGUGGAUAUGAACAUAUAACGGUUUUACGCCAUAUAAAAGUUGUUGAUGGAGAUCUACUUCAAGCUUUACAAAACCUUCCUCGAGAAAGUGUUGAUGGUGAUUUUCUUGAUGCUAUUGUUGUUGGAAUGGAUAUGCUGAUUAAAAAGUUUGGACCAACUAACAAGGGGAAAAAACGUCUUUGUCUCAUCACAAAUGCACUUCACCCCAUUAAAGAUCCAUAUGAAGGAACAAAAGAAGAUCAAGUGAGCACCAUUGCUUCACAGAUGAUGGCACAGGGCAUGAAAAUGGAUUGUGUAAUUGCUAGGCUAACACAAAAUAUGGAAGCAAAUAAGAGAAUAAUGGAGGAGAAUGAUUUACUGCUAAGGGUGUUUUCAAAUAAAUCAUCUACAAAAACAGUAUAUGUGGAAAGCCCGACAAAAUUGUUGGGUGCACUUAGAACUCGUAAUAUAUCUCCUGUUACCAUAUACAGAGGUGACUUGGAACUGAGCCCAAAGCUGAACAUCAAGGUUUGGGUCUACAAAAAGACAUCUGAAGAAAAGUUCCCCACUUUGAAAAGAUACUCUAACAAAGCACCACCAACGGAUAAAUUUGCCACACAUGAAGUCAAGGUUGACUAUGAAUAUAAAAGUAUUGAAGAUCCUACUAGAGUUGUACCACCAGAACAGAGGAUUAAAGGUUAUCGGUAUGGUCCUCAAGUUGUUCCUAUAUCAUCAGCAGAGUUGGAGGCUGUGAAGUUCAAACCGGAUAAGAGUGUAAAGCUUCUAGGAUUUGCUAAUGCUUCAAAUAUAAUGCGACACUAUUAUAUGAAAGAUGUCAACAUAUUUAUUGCUGAACCAGGCAACGCAAAAGCCAUCCUUGCUGUUUCUGCUCUAGCAAGGGCAAUGAAGGAAAUGAUGAAAGUAGCAAUUGUUCGGUGUGUGUGGAGACAAGGACAGGGUAAUGUCGUUGUGGGGGUCUUAACUCCUAAUGUUUCAGACAAUGAAAAUAUUCCAAACCAACAACAGCAGGAAGCAGCGGAUAGAUUGGUUAGAAUGCUUGAUCUUGCACUACUUGGCAAAGAGGAAAUUUUGCAGCCCGACUUCACACCAAAUCCUAUCCUGGAGCGGUUUUAUCGUUAUCUGGAAUUGAAAUCAAAGGACAAAGAUGCAGCUGUUCCUCCACUUGAUGAGACGCUCAAGAAAAUAACGGAGCCUGAUCCUGAAAUCCUUUUCCAGAACAAGUCUGUUAUUGAAGACUUCCGAAGGUGCUUUGAGCUCAAGGAGAACCCAAAGCUGAAGAAAUCAACUAGAAGGUUAUUGAAAGAAAAACCAUCUGGAUCGGACGACGAAAGAGAGGCCUUAGGUAAUGGUUCUGAUGCCCAGCCAAUGGAUGCAAUAGAGUACCCAUCCAAAAUUAAAACUGAGAAAAUUGGGGAUGCAAAUCCUGUUCAAGACUUUGAAGCAAUGAUGUCUAGAAGAGAUAGUCCAGAGUGGGUUAGCAAAGCUAUUCAAUAUAUGAAAGAUAAAGUCUUUGAAUUAGUGGAGAACUCCUGUGAAGGUGAUUCAUAUCAGAAAGCAUUGGAAUGUCUAACGGCUUUGCGGAAGGGCUGUAUCCUUGAACAGGAGCCGAAACAGUUCAAUGAUUUCAUACUGCAUCUUUACAAAUUCUGUCAGCAAAAAGACCUUAAAAGUUUUUGCGAAUAUCUUGCUUCUCACGGUAUCACACUAAUUAGCAAGACAGAAGCUGCUGACAGUGAAGUUACAGAAGAUGAGGCUAAAACCUUCAUUGUCAAAUCUGAGCAAGGAUUUUGAAUGGUUUUGCAUGUUGUUGUAAAGUGGAAAUAGGGAAUCAAGAUGGUCGUGUUCUCAAUUUCUUGAUACAUGUAAAAAAGUUGGUAGUUUGUAUUCAAGACAGAAAUGUUUACUUCCAUUUAAGAUUCUUAUACACAGGCGCAGAUGGACCUUUCUACUAGUAUCAACCAUACAUAGAUAUCGAAGUAUUAUUGAUAGCUGAACAAGGAAUUGAAGUGCAUCGUGGUGGGAGAAUUGUUUCUCCCACCCCACUACUGUUACUUUCCAGGAGAUUGUGCGUGUGUUUUGCUGUAGGACCAAUAAUUCUGGACUCACGUCUCGAUCUAGUAAUGCAAGUCCAUUUUAUGAA